AUUGCUAAUGUCAAUUAUUUACAACCUCGUGUGUUUGUGAUUCAAAGAAUUAUUACAGUUAUAAAAUUGUUUUUUAGACUCAACGACUGUAUAGAAAGUUUAAUAAAAAAAUAUAGAAACAUAGCCAAUAUUAAGAUGCAAAAGAUAAUAGAUAAAUUCAGUACUCUCACGGAAAAACCCGUGAAAUAUUUAACUGUUCAAGAAGAUAUAAAAGAAGAUGUGAAAAACUUAGUAAAAUCGCUCUACGACUUUACGAAAACACAAGAGCAGAAGGAUAAGUCGAAGAAGAGUCAAGCUCUACCACAUAUUAUCGUUAAAGACUUCGAUGAGGAACAAAUAUGGCAACAAAUAGAGCUUCAAAACUCUCAGUGCUGGGACCAGUUUGUGUGGGAUGUAGCGAACUGUAUAUCGAAUAAAAACGAUUUAAAUUUCCCUAUCAUAUUUCCAGAAGAUCGUGAAAAGGUUGAUGAACCUACCGAGGGUGAAAUAUCGGAAAAUGAAGAUGAAUCAGAACCGGAAGCCGAACUUACAAAUCAGAGUCAAUCUAAAGACAAAAGCAGAGGUAAUAAACAACAUUCGAAUACAAAAUCAUCUAUAGUAGAUGAUCGGUUCUUUAAGCUGCAUGAUAUGGAGAAAUUUUUAAUAAAUGAAGAAAAAAUGGAAGAUAAAAGUAAGAAAGAUGAUGAAGACAAUGAUUCAGUGGAUAUGUUUGAAGAUAUAGACAGCGAGGGCUCUGAAGAUGAAGGGGGCAAGGAAAUGAUGUAUUCAGAUUUCUUUAACGAAGAAAAUUUAAAUGGAAAUGAGAUGGAUGAUGAUGAUCAAGGAAUAGCAAUGGAUAAAAAAGUAAGAUUUGCCGAACUAGAAACUGAUGAAAGUGUAUCUGAAAGUGAUGUAGAAGUUGAUAACGGUAAAAAAGUCAGAUAUGCUGAGUCUAACACUGACAAUGAGACAGACUUGAACGAAAAUGUGAAUAAACAAGUGAACAGAGGAAGUCAUGGAGAUGAAAAGAAAUCUGAAUUUGAACUCAGACAGCAGAGAUUAAAGCAACAGAUAUCAAAAUUAGAAGAAAAGACAUUGAAAGAAGCACCAUGGCAGUUGAAAGGAGAAAUCGAUGCAACAAAACGACCACAAAACUCCUUACUUGAAGAAGUUCUUGAUUUCGAUCUCACUACUCGUCCACCACCCACAAUCACAGAACAAACUACCGUCACUUUAGAAGGAUUGAUAAUGCAAAGGAUCAAAGAUAAAGCAUGGGAUGACGUUAUUAGAAAAGAGAAACCAGUUGACGAUCAACUACUUUUCAAAAAACCUGAAGUACUUGAUCAGUCAAAAAGCAAGCAGAGCUUGGCUCAAAUUUAUGAAGCAGAAUAUUUGAAACAAAAACAAGCAUUAUCUGGUGAGGUUGAGGAAGAAAAGGAACCAGAAAGUCAUACAGAAAUUCGAAACGCAAUGAGCAAAUUGUUUGCAAAACUUGAUGCUUUGUGCCAUUACCAUUACACACCGAAAGCACCACAAGCAGAAGUAAAAAUAGUCAGUAAUACUCCUGCUAUUUCAAUGGAAGAAGUAGCACCUAUCGCUGCUAGUGAGGCAACACUAUUAGCUCCAGAAGAAAUAAAGAAGAAAAAUAAGGGAGACUUAAUGAGCAAAGAAGAAAGAACACAGACAGACAAGAAUAGAGAAAGAAGGAAAAAGAAAAAGCUGCAAAGGAAAAAGGGACAAGUAAUGAAAGUAACAGAUCACAGAAAUACUAAGAAGGGUGUCGAGGCUAACGACACAUCAUUGAAGACAUCAAAAGCUUUCUUCCAACAGCUUAACGAUGAAGCAAAAAGUCUAAUAAAAUCGAAAGCAAAGAAAAUGUAAAUGAUAUGUUAUAAUAAAUUGAUAUUGUUGUUA